AUGUGGAACUCUUGGAGCUCCCAGCACGAUUCCAGGCUUGAGCAGAGAAGAAUUUGCGGCCUGCUCAACAAACUGAACGUGACAAACUUCGACUCUGUCGCUACUAAGCUGAUCGAGCGUCUUGCAAAUUGUAGACGGCGCGGCGGCAUAGAGACCAUCGAAGCCUUUGCUGGUUCAAUUACACUACGUGCAGUUGAGGACCCCCAACGUUCCUCCCUCUAUGCCUAUCUAUGCCGAAGAGUUGACAGAGAGCUUGAGAUGGAGGACAGGCGGUGGACAUGGCUCAACGAUGGCACACGCCAAUCAUCGCACCCGUCAUUCGCCAGUAUUCUCGUUGGCAUUUGUGAAUGUAGAUUCACCCAAGCCCUUGAUGAGCGGACAGCACAGCUGCUCCCCUUGAUUGAAUUCAUAGGGGAUUUAUUACUGGAUGGUGUUUUGCCCAUCGCCGACAUUCAAGACCUGGUGGACCAGCUCUUCACCCUGGCGGAACAAGGUCAGGAGGACAGUGCCAUCGCACUGAGUAGGCUCUGCCGCAGAGUUGUUCGAGAAUCAGAAGGAGUGAACAUUCUGGAGCAAUUAGGUGCUUCGGGAAGCAUUGAGAGAGUGCUGGAGGAAGAUAUCAUCACGCCAAAAGCUCGGUACCUUCUGAUGGCUGUGGUGGACUUGUUCCACCAGGAGCCUGUAGAUGUGUUUGAUUCGGCUGGGCUUAGAAACGAGAUUUACAAUCUUGGUAACGACGAGCAGGAGGUCUCAUCAGAACUCGAUUCGGCGCCAACAGAUGUUGGUGAUUCACUUCCUUCGGAGACAACUGCCUGUGAGUCGGAUGACCAAGCCGAGGUUUCCAAGGUGGACGAGAAGCAGUGA